CGUUUGACCGCCGUUUUCCCUCCAAGAGAUGACGUCACUUCCGGGAGGAGGCCGCCGCGCUGGGAAGGCGAUUUUUCUAGUCAGCCGGAUGGUGUCUGGCCUGUAGAUGAGCCGAGGUGUGCAGCGAUGGAGAGCGCAGCAGAGGGAAUGCUGGGAAACGGUGAUGGUGUCAGUGGUGUCUCCGUCACACUGGAGAAUGAGGCGGUCUGGAGCCGUUUCCACAGCCUGGGCACAGAGAUGAUCCUGACGGCACGGGGCAGACGCAUGUUCCCCUGCUGCCGCUUCCGUCUGAGCGGUUUACAGCCGGACCUCAGCUACUUCCUGAUCCUGGACAUCACGCCUCUGGAUGAGCUCCCACACCGCUGGAAUGGGAACACAUGGGAGCCGCAGGGGGCCGAGACACACCUCCAGACUCCAGUGUGUUUCAGAGAUGGAGCGGUUACUGGCUUCAAGAUAAAUCCUGAUAAAAUUCCCCACGUGUGUUUCCAUCCGGACGCUCCGGCUCCGGGUCAGCGCUGGAUGGACGGGCCCGUGUCCUUCUACAAGAUGAAGCUGGCGCACAGCUCUGAGGAUCCCGACGCCGCGGUGGUUCUGCGUCCCAUGCACCGCUAUCAGCCGCGGCUCUACGUGGUUCCGGUCAGCACCUGUCCCGAGCCGGACGCUCUCGUCUUCACCUUCCCUAAAACAGCCUUCUAUGCGGUGACCAGCUACCAGAACCCUCUGAUAACCCGGCUCAAGAUCGACUGCAACCCCUUCAUGCUGGCGUUCAGAGAGGACGGGCCGAGCGCUCGCCUCAUCCAGAACAAACUCAAGCUGGCUCUGAACGGACGCUCGCCGUCAGCCGCUGACCGAGAGAAACACCGCAGCUCGACACACACACACACCGAGUCCAGUGAAGAGACGCUCGUUAGAGAUGAAUCAGCUGAGCCUGUGUCCUCGUUAGCCCCUGAAUCAGCUGUGGAGGUGACUCUGGGACCAUGUCAGAGCUCCGAGCCGCACAGGUCAGGGGUCAGCCGCGGGGUCAAGCGUGUUUACCGCAGGGGCUGGAGGAGUGGAGCCAGGAAAGCCAAGGCUAAAUGGUGGACUAAUGUGAAGCACAGAUCUGCUGCGAUCAGCCCCCCCGCAGACACCGUGUCCAUGCAGCCUGACCUGGAGCACGUGGACGGCCUGCUGUUUGUGUCCUUCACUGCCAAGAAAGCACUGGACGUUCAUGUAGGAAACAUGAGGACAUCUGAGGAAACAUCUGCAUCAUCUGGAGCAGAGAAGCCAGCGCGUGAAGCAGACUGGAUCUGUGAGCAGGAGCUGGUCUUACUGAAGCAGCUCCAGCAGCUGAAGAACCGACAGAUCAUUCAUCCUGUGCUUCAACAAGUUGGGCUGAAGCUGAAUCUUCUGGAUACCACGGCACCCAUAGACCUGCAUUAUCUGGGUGUUGCUUUACCUUUACCUUCACCUGUCCUCACAUCAUCCUUUCACGCCGCUUCAGUUUCGUGCACUGGGAAGACGAGCGAUCUGACCAGGAUCAAGGGCUGGAUGGAGAAGUUUGAUUUAAAGAGCAAAGCCGACAGCUCCGGCUCGGCCGGUCACUCGGCGUUCUCCUCGGUGCUGCUGGACGAGUAUCUGGAAGCUGAAGCUCAGCGGAUCAGUGAACGGGCCGAUGUGUUUUCCUCCAGCGCUCCGUCUCCGGUGCUCUACCAGCUGCCCGUCAGGAGCAGCAGCUACGUGAGGACCCUAGAUAGUGUGCUUCAGACGCGCAGCUGUGCCCCCUCCGGACGCCGUGACAAGCGCACUAAAGCGUGGCGAUCCAGACGAGGUGUUCGACCGGCUCCUGAAGCCUCGCUGCGCUGCUCCUCGACCAGACUCCGAUGGAAGCGCAGCGUCUCUGAAGAUCCUCCUCAGCGUCCGGCGGCGUCCAGCGGAGCUCAGGGCAGACGCAGGAGAAGGUACCGGCGGCGCAGACGCACGCUGAGGUUCAACAGAGACGCGCUGGACGGAGUCGCUCAAAAGCAGACGGAGCUGAAGGCUCAGGAGGAGCAGGAAGUCUCUCUCGGACAGAGUCACACUCACAUCGGCGCUGAGAGAGCCGACCUCGCUCUGAGCUCACUGCUGACCGCUGAGAGAGCGGUGCAGACGAGGCAUGUGCGGGACGGAGCGUGUGCUAAAGAUUUCUGUCGUCUGGGCUGUGUGUGUGAGAGUCUGAACAGAGAAGCGCGAGGAUCCACUCACUGCAGACGUGUGCAGUGCAUGUUCAGCUGCGGCUGCUUCCGACACAGGAUCCUCCUCGUGCGCUCCGAACACAGACCUCGGAGUCUGGUGGCCAUCCCCGUGUCUGGCCCUGGAUCAGACGGCAGGCCGGAGCCGGCGCUCCGAGUCAGUAUCCUGUGGAGGAGGAGAGCGGGAGAGCACGACCCCGAGCCGCUCUUCACUCCCAGAGCGUCCGGAGCGCUGAGACGAGCGCCACAGCACCACACUCCCGCACCACGGCCCAGGCCUCCGGUGCAGGAGACGGAGAAGGAUCCGGUUUACUUGUACCUGGAGAGCAUGAUGACGUGUGCUCGUGUGCGGGAAUACAACAGCAAUCCUCCACUGCAGGUGCACUUACUGCCGGCUAAAAGAAGCGCUCCAGCUCCUGACGACACGAUCAGUGCUGUGUCUGCGUCUCAGAGUCCAGAGGAGGGCUGUGAGGCAGGAGAGCCGGAGCCCACUAAAGUGCUGAAGAUCAUCUCGGGGUGUAACUGGGAGACUCAUCGCUCUCUGGUGCUCAAAGAACUCUUCCGCAGCAUCGGCACAAACCACCUCGCAUCGGUCUUCUACAUCGACAUGUACAAAGUGGAGCUACUCUCCAAAGAUCUGAAAAAAGACGAGUGCGGAUCCACGUUGAUUUACAAGGUCUGCGUGUCCCUCGGCCAGACGCGAGAAAAGACUCGUGAGCUGAGGAAGGAUGUGAAGAAACGAGACGAUGCGUCACAUCUGAGCAGCUCUUUCUCUCAGAAAGUCAACAAACUGAACGUUAAUGAGAACCUGCACGUCACACAGACAACAAACGCACCUGAUGAGAAACAGGCGAAGCACUUUCCUCUUCUCUCUCGCGUCGUUCCCGCUGGUCUUAUGAAGGCUGAUAAGAAGACACUAGUGCGUUCUGGACCGAUAAAGGUCAAUGGAAAAACGUACGCUCAGGCUAAACUGAUCCUGGGCCGCAUGGGAGCGCUGCAUCCAGCCAAUCGUCUGGCGGCGUACGUCACUGGCAGAAUAAAACCACUGCCUCAAAACAUGGGCCGAUCGAUUUCCAAAACACUUCAGGUCAGGACACUCAACGAGACGAGCGGUUCAAACUCAGAGCAGUUUUUGUCCUCAGUUUCUCAGGAGCUUCGCAGGAGUCUCUUGAAGCGUCUCGGAGACACAGCUCUUCUGGAUCGAGUCUGUCUCAUGAGCCAAGCAAACCAGAGUAAAGAAGCAUUCAAAAUGCCUAUUACCAGAUCUCGGGUGAUGCCCUGGGCUCCUAAUGGCUUCAGAUGUACUCCGUCUCUUGCUGCAGCAUCAUCACCUCACCCUGGGCGUGGCUCAGUCACUGUAGCUCCGCCCCUCUCCAGCACCCCAGUCACUGUAGCUCCGCCCCUCUCCAGCGCUGAGACGGUUCUCCCGGCUUCGGCUCUCCCGCCGGGGCAGCAGGUGGUUCUGCAGCCGGUCGCAGGUAUGACGGGGGUGAACAUGUGUCAGUUUAACGGCCAGAUGAUCCAGCUGGUGCCCAUCACUGCAGCGUUACCUGUGCAGGUGCAGAGCGGCGCUGGCGGAACAGAAGGUGCUCCACAGGAGCCACAAUCAGCUCAGAUGAACACAUCUAUGCCAGCAGCUUCACAGAAGGCUUCAUCUAAACCCAUUCCGUUCAUCAUACCCAGAAUCCACACAGUGCAAGGAAACUCUACCUUUGGAAGUGUUGAAGCUCUGGGUCUACAGAACGGUUUACUUGGUAAAGCUGGCAUGUUUUCCUUCAGGAUAUGCCCACCUUCUGCCGAGAGCAAGACUGCUGGUGUUGAACAGACAGGAAAAGCUCUUGACUCGACUGGAACUGCUUCCACAUUGUUACUUCCUGGAGGAUAUAGGUUAAUAAAACUGCCCAUGUUUGUCAGUCCCAGUGUGAGCAGCCCAACGACUGCUUCUGUACCCACUGCAUGCACCGAGAAAUCACCCGAAAACACGCAUGAAAGCCCUGCUCAUGAAGAGCCCAGCUCUAUUAAAACAGAAGCAGUUGAAGAUCGCAGUGGUCUGCUCUCAGAAGACACUUCUCCAGUUAUCAUUAAAGUAGAGUCUUACAGCAGCGACUCUUCAUCCAAGCGUCCAUGCUCUGACCAACCGGAGCCUGAGGAAACAUCGCUGCACAUUAAGAUGGAGGAUGAUACGGACCAGUCCCCACAGAACCACGCUAAAAUAGAGGAUCCAGACCAUGAGGCGAUCGCAGACGUCAAUCAUCAUCUGAAAACCUCUGAAUGCAGGGAUCCCAGUGUUAAAGACACAGACAGAUCAUCCUCCAUUACUGUCCAGCAGCAUCUGAAGAACACAACCACUGGUGCAGGAUUAUUCUUCUCUCUGUUUGAGGGUCGCACCUCAUUGGUCUCUCAGAGUUUGACAGCUCCUUCUAACACUAAAGCACCCAAACCUGAGGUGAUCCAGAAGCGGAGCAGAAAACGACAGGCUCCAGACGAUCCACGAGUGCAUUCUGCUGCUGAAGUCAUGUACUCCAGCGAUGGAUGGACCACAGAGGACAGUACUGAGUGGUACAGUGAGGAGGAAGUGGACAUCGAGACGUUUGAGGAGUACGAUCAGAAGAUGAACAUCAGCCUCUUACGAGCGAAGGCGAGACGGAAAACACAGCAAGCAGCUCAGAGUCAGUGGCUUCUGAAAUGUAAAUCAGCGGAGGCGGCCCAUCAUGCAGUGUGGCGGAUGUCUGAUCUGCCGCUGUAUACACGAACGUGGCGUCUGAACCGAGCGCUCAGAGAGCGGAAGCAGCUGAUUGAGCUACAGCAGAGUUUGGACUCGUUGCAGAGGAUGCUGGGUAUUGAAGAAGACGUGAUGAUGAGCACUCAGGACCUGCUCCGAGAGGCUCAGCAGAUGAUCCGAGCUCUUGAGGAACACAACACUUCUCUGAUGGCCAGGAAACGGGCCUUGAUUCGACAGCAUUCUCACUAUCAGAGCCUGAUCUCACAGCGCUCCGCUGCAGACGUGCCAGGAACAGAAGAGAAAACAGCAGCUCCUUCAUUACCCAGAAGUCCUGCACACAGUCAGUCAGUGCUGAAGAGACGUUUGCCCAGCGUGAUCCUGCAGUCCUUCAGCUAG